GACGACCAGGUCUUGACUGUUCCUCGACAUCCUCCAGUGCAUAUUCUCACCCCAAGUCUAUCUCUUCAACAAUGCGUGAAGUCAUUUCCCUCCAUGUUGGCCAGGCUGGUGUUCAGAUUGGUAACGCCUGCUGGGAGCUUUAUACCCUUGAACAUGGUCUCAAUCCCGAUGGACGCCUCGCAGAAGGCUCGCCAUCCGCCUCAGACAGCGGCUUUUCAACUUUCUUCUCCGAGACUGGCUCUGGAAAACACGUACCACGGUCGCUCUACAUCGAUCUCGAGCCCGGAUGUAUCGAUGAAGUGAAGAGCGGUCCUUAUCGCUCUCUCUUCCACCCGGAAACCAUGAUCGCUGGCAAGGAAGACGCCGCCAACAACUAUGCCCGUGGUCACUACACCGUCGGAAAGGAACUCAUCGACCCUGUCAUGGACAAGUUGAGGAGAUUGGCCGACAACUGCGAUGGCCUCCAAGGAUUUUUCGUCUUCCACUCCUUCGGUGGAGGAACUGGCUCUGGUUUCGGCGCCCUUUUGAUGGAAAAGUUGUCGACAGACUAUGGCAAAAAGUCUAAACUCGAGUUCUGUGUCUACCCUGCCCCUCAACUCUCCAGCUCUGUCGUCGAGCCUUACAACUCUGUCCUCACCACCCACACCACUCUCGAGCACUCUGACUGCUCGUUCAUGGUCGACAACGAGGCUAUCUACGACAUCUGCAAGAAGAAGCUCGGUGUUACUUCCCCCAGCUUCUCCAACCUCAACCGCCUCAUCGCCCAGGUCGUCUCCUCCAUCACUGCUUCCCUGCGGUUCGAUGGUUCGCUCAACGUGGAUCUUAACGAGUUCCAAACCAACUUGGUCCCCUUCCCUCGUAUCCACUUCCCCUUGGCUACCUACGCUCCAUUGAUCUCUGCAGAUAAGGCUGGCCACGAGCAGAACACCGUCUCCGAGAUGACCUUCUCUUGCUUCGAGGUCGGUAACCAGAUGGUCAAGUGCGAUCCCAGAGAGGGCAAAUACAUGGCAUGCUGCUUGCUCUUCCGUGGUGAUGUCGUUCCCAAGGACGUCCAGGCCGCUGUCGCUACCAUCAAGACCAAGCGAACCAUCCAGUUCGUCGACUGGUGCCCUACCGGUUUCAAGCUCGGUAUUUGCAACGAACCCGCUGCCUGCGUCCCUGGAGGUGACCUCGCAAAGACCAGCCGUAGCUUGUGCAUGCUUUCCAACACCACUGCCAUCUCUGCUGCAUGGAGCCGCCUCGACUACAAGUUUGACCUCAUGUACUCAAAGCGUGCAUUCGUCCACUGGUACGUUGGUGAGGGUAUGGAGGAGGGUGAAUUCUCUGAAGCCCGAGAGGAUCUUGCCGCGCUCGAAAAGGACUACGAGGAGGUUGGCACCGACUCUGCCGAUGUCGAGGAAGAUGUUGAAUACUAGAGGCAGCCGACCUUCUUCCUAUCUUUAUUGGCUAAACUUUACACUUUUCAACCACCUUAGUAAAGAACGCGUUCCCACCUUCUACUUCGCCACUCACCUCGUUUCGUCGUGAUCUCUUUCGUAUCUCUAGUAUUGUUGAAAGGGAUCUAUUCAUCUAGUCUAAUGACAUUUGUUCUAUGCUUA